AUGAACCUGUCGUCUCUUGAAGGCAAAUGCAGUGACCAAGUUGGUGUGGCGGCCGGGCCGCACGGCGCCUGCGCGCGGGACGCGGGACGCCAGCGCGCCACAGCCACGGCCGCGGGAGUGUCGCGCCGGGCGCCGGCCAGAGCGGGCGAGCGCGCCUCCUCGUGGUCCCAGCCGCAGCCCCAGCCCAUGGUCUCGCAGCUGCCCGCGGUGACGGCCGCCCCGGACCACAAUGCCACGCUGCCGUACUUCGCGCUCGGCGCCGGCCUCAACGCCAGCGAGCAGGAGGGCGGCGGGCCCGUGUUCCCCGCCUACAUCCGCACCGCGACCAUGACGCUGUGCCUGCUGAUCCUGGGGGUGGGCGUGGUGGGCAACGUGAUGGUGCCGCUGGUCAUCCUCAAGAGCAAGGACCUGCGCAACUCCACCAACAUCUUCCUGCUGAACCUGAGCGUGGCGGACCUGAUGGUGCUGCUGGUGUGCACGCCCACGGUGCUGGUGGAGGUCAACAGCCCGCCGGAGACCUGGGUGCUGGGCCGCGAGAUGUGCAAGGCAGUGCCUUUCGUGGAGAUGACGGUGGCGCACGCGUCGGUGCUGACCAUCCUCGCCAUCAGCUUCGAGCGCUACUACGCCAUCUGCGAGCCGCUCAAGGCCGGCUACGUGUGCACCAAGACCCGCGCCUUCCUGAUCUGCCUGCUGGCGUGGGGCUGCGCGGCGCUCUUCACCAGUUCUAAACCUGCUCAAUCAUUGGAUCGUGAGCCAAAAUGGACUACAGCGUUAGAAGCAAUGCAGUGCAUUACAUCAGGAGACACGGUGUUCGUGCAGGGCGCAGCUGCCACACCCGUGGAGCUGGUCAAGGCCAUGACAGAGGCCGGGAAGAGCCGUGGCCUCAAGGACGUCACCGUGUGUCACAUGCACACGGAGGGAGAGGCCGGCUACACGGAGCCCGAGUGCGAAGGAAUUUUUCGUUCCAUAUCUUUUUUCAUGGCCAAGAAUGUUCGUAAGCCUGUCGCCGAGGGUAGAUCUGACUGCAUUCCUAUUUUCCUCCAAGACAUUCCAAAGCUUUUUCAUCACAAGAUUAUCAAGCCCACUGUUUCUCUCAUCCAGGUGUCCCCGCCUGAUCAGCACGGCUACUGCAGUAUCGGCACCAGUGUGGACUGCGUGCGAGCCGCGCUCAUGUAUUCCAAGUACAUUGUUGCGCAAGUGAACCCCCAGAUGCCGAGGACGUUCGGGGACUCGCACAUCCACCAGUCGCGCUUCGACUACGCCGUGAAGGUGGACGUGCCUCUCCCGGAGCACGGGGGCGCGCCGCCCAGCGAGGUGGAGCGUGCCAUCGGCAGCCUGGUCGCAGACAACCUGGUGGAGGACGGGGCUACCUUGCAGCUGGGCAUCGGCAGCAUCCCGGACGCAGUGUUGGCAGCCCUGGCCGGUCACAAGGAUCUGGGCGUCCACUCGGAGAUGUUUGCGGCAGGUACCAUACCGCUCUUCAAGAGCGGAGCCAUCAACAACAACAAGAAAGUGAUCCACCAGGGCAAGACGAUCGGCAGCUUCCUGAUCGGCACGCGAGCCCUCUACGACUACGUGGACAACAACCCUUCCAUAGAGAUGAAAGACGUGGACUAUGUGAACAACACGUAUAUCAUAUCUCGCAACCCCAAGAUGACUGCCAUCAACUCGUGCAUCGAAGUGGAUCUGACGGGCCAGGUGGUGUCUGACUCCAUAGGCACGCGCAUGUACUCUGGGUUCGGAGGUCAGGUAGACUUCAUACGUGGCGCAGCAGAGGGCUUCGAUGGGAAAGGAAAGCCGAUCAUUGCCUUGCCAUCGACCACCAACAAGGGAGAAUCCAAGAUCUCUCCGUUCAUCAAACAAGGGGCGGGCGUCGUGACCACCAGAGCCCACGUCCACUACGUGGUCACAGAACACGGCAUUGCCUCGCUGUUUGGGCGCAGUCUGCGCCAGCGUGCCCACGCACUCAUCAACGUCGCUCACCCGGACCACCGCGAAGCGCUGGAGAAGGCGGCCUUCCAGCGCCUCAAGGUCAUGCCUUCACCGUGAGGCAGCACCUUAUGGGCUGUUCAAUGAAGCAAGCAAUAUUAUUUUGUUUAAGCUAGCUUUGAAGAGGCAGUGUGUUGGUUUUGUAUAUUUUGUACAUCAAGAAUGUUGAAGCACAGAUCCCAAAUGUCCAUUUUUAUUGAUAUGUGUCUUAAAUGUAGAGGUGUCUUGGUCAUUGUCAUUUAGAGCUAGCUGUAUUGACCUAAACAUUGCUGGCCAUCACAUCUUGCACUCUUCCACUCAGCCUUAAAACAAAAACAGGUGUGCAUAAUUUUGCAUAGGGUUGUAAUUAUAUUGUUAAAUUAAUGCCCAUUCAGUUGUAACAAACCAAAGCAGUAGAUAAUUUUAAAUUAAUAGUUGUACAUAUUGGUGAUUGCUCAUUGGUAAAUUAUUCCAGUUUAGGUUAUUGUGUGUAAAUAAAACAUUAAUUUAUUUUAUUAAUUUGAAUGGUUGCCAAAAUAAACUUGCCUCUACUUGGGAUACAAAAGUCACUGCCUGUCACUGGUACAGUGCUCACAUUCUGAUGUAAACCCAGUUGAUUUUCACCUUCAAGGACACUGGUUCCUUGGCUCAGGGCUUCUCCCGAUGUUUUGUUGUUGCCGCCUUGCUAUAUGCAUGCUAAAUCAGUAGGCUUGUAACACUGUAGUUAAGAAUAGUUUGUUCUUCAGAAUAACAACUUUAUAUUGCAUCUUGUACUGAGUUACUUGUUUUGCAACUGACCCAUCAGCUCUAGUCAUGUUAUUUUUUUGCAAUUCCUAUUGUAUAGAAAUAAAUCUAUAUUGUAGAUGCAUAAAAAACUAGAGGAACUGGUUAUGAUUAAAUUUAACUAUAUUUUGGUUUCUGACCUUUAUAUUAUAAAUUUGAAAUGUCUAUUCUAUCUUAUAAAUUCUUGUCCGUUUUUAUUUUACCAGUUAUUAAAUUCCCAGGUUUAUAAAACAAACUGUAGUCCUCUGGUGGGCUGUUUCAAAAUUCUAGAAGAAUCACACACACAAAACCUAUAAAUAAUUCCAGUUGUUA